AUGCCGGUCAACUUUACCGAAAAUGUUGUUGGCCCAUUGAAGGCGUUUGGCUACACUAAAGAUGACAGAGCAGUCCAGAUUCUAUAUGACAUUGCUUGUUUUGUGGUCAAGAAUGGAUUGUUAUAUGCAAUGGCAACAGGAUUCAUCUCCAGUGUUUUGAAUAUCUACAUUGCUAUUAAAAUAGCUUCGGUUCAGGUUUAUAGCACAAACUUUCGGCUUGUUACGGUAGGUUGGACAUUUUCGGGAAAUUUGUUUCAAUCUUACAGGUAUUAAUAAACUGUGUAACCACAACCAUAACAAUUGGCCGCUGUAUCUACGCGUUAACUCCGCCCAGCUUUUACAGUGUAGAAACUUACAACUAUCUUGGUGCUACUUUAAUAUACUUUGUAAGCUAUUUCACUAACAUAUGCAGUUACACAUUCAACGCCAAGUUUCUAAUAGUUGCUACAGAACGACGUGUAGCGUUUAAUAAACGUGCAACAUACGAAAAUGAAAAGAGUAAAACAAGAUCGUUAAUAAGCGUUUACUUGAUAAUAUCUGGUAUGGUAUUCAUUACUACAGUAAAGACGGGUAUUGUACUGUUUUUAUGUGGGGAAAUGUCAGAUUAUUGCUUGAAACAAGCGUUUAUUGUAGACUUUUGCUUUCCAGCUUUAACAAUGUCACAUUUGAUUGCUGGGUUCAGCUUGAUUUAUGGGAUUUGGGUAGGUUUUGAAAAUGUUAAUGAUUAUGUAAAUUACGCCUUGCCUUUUCUUUCCCUGCCCCGUCCUUUCCUGUCAUAACAUCCCUGUCCUGUCCUGUCCCGUUUUGUCUCGUCCUGUCUCGUCCUGUCCUGUCUUGUCUUGCUCUGCGCUGUUCGGCCUUGUCCUAUGUUUUUAAGCCUAAUUUAACGUAUUAUUUUUUUCAGACUUUUUACAAUUUAAAUCAAAAAAGUCGUCGUAUACGAAGAAAUUGUACGACCUUGACAGAAGCCUUUAUCGUGAAAGAAAUUAUAAAUGUCAUAAAGGUAAUAAAACUUUUAAUAAUUGUUUACUUCUCACUACUGUUGCUAGCUGGUUUUGUUUAUAUAAUUAUGUUUGGCAGCUUCUUAAUGGGUGUAAUGGACGAAAGAGAUGUUUUCUACACUGCUUUGCUCACUGUAAGCCGCAACACAACCCCUGUCUUAUCUUUCCCUGACAUCUCACCUUACCCUAUCCUACCUUUCCUUGUCUCUAGUCAUACAAGUUUUAUUUUUAGAUUGACUACGUUUUAGUUGACACCUACAAUAUAUACUCGACAUGUUCGAUGGUAUGGCAUUUCAAACAAUUACGACGAAUAUUCUUCAAAGAUAUAACGUCAAUAGUACCAACUAGUAGAGUAUAUUCUACAGGACAAGAAGAUACACAUCUUGACGAUCUUAGCGCUACAGAUCGAGCUAAUAUGCACUUUGGCCACCUUAAGCAGUCUUGGCAUACAGAAACUCUUCGGAAGACUAUUGUUACAUAA